GAGCACAGUCUCGGCCACCACUCAGCUGCAGAGAUGAGUGACCAAAGAGUAACCUACACAGAACUGAAUCUGGCUAAGGAUGCAAAGAGACAGCACAUGAAACCUAAGGGCACUAGAGGCUCCAUUCCAGGAGCUGAGCGGGAACUAAUCUAUCAAGAAUUAAAUUUUCAAAAUGCUUCUCAGGAUCUUGGAGGGAGUGACAAGAGUGGCCACUGCAAAGCAUCCCCAUCACCUCCAGAGAAGCUCAUUGCUGGGAUCCUAGGGGUCAUCUGCCUUGUCCUGAUGUGCACUGUGAUACCAAUAGCUGUUAAUCAAUCUAUUGCAACACUGAAGAUGAACUAUUCCUCCCCAAUAACAAAGAUCCAGAAAGCAUAUUCUUGUGGUCACUGUCCACCAGAGUGGUUUACAUAUUCCAACAACUGCUAUUACAUCGGCACUGAACAAAAGACAUGGAAUGAGAGUCUCAUGGCCUGUGCUUCUAAGAGCUCCAACCUGCUAUAUCCAACCUCCUAUAUAGAGAAUGAAGAAGAAAUGAAAUUCCUGAGGUUCAUAUCACCUGCAUCAUGGAGUGGAGUUUUUCGUAGAAGCAGUGAUCACCCAUGGAUGUUGAUAAAUGGUUCAACUCCCACACUGAAGAUCAUAGAAUCAUUAUCUGGUAACGGAAACUGUGUGAUGCUGCAAGGAAAAGGCCUCACAUCAAGCAGUUGCGAAUCUUCAAAAAUAUAUAUUUGCAAGCAUAGGUUUUAUGGUUAAAACCUGGAUUCUGCCAGUAACUAUUUUUCAUGAAAUGGAAAUAAUGUUAUGAUUGCAUAAGUCUUCAAAUGAAUUUUGUUCUAAUAAUGAAAAAAUUCAUAAGCAUUACUGGAAAAUAAUAUACACAUCCAAAAGUACAGAUAUACAUUCUCUCAGUGUCUUCCAUUUUUUGUUCAACAUUAUGUUUGUGACAUUCAACUUUUCUAAAAGAUCAUAUGUGUGAGUCCAUUUAAAUGAACUGUCAAGAGCAGGCAAGCCCACAGAAGUCUAAGCAUAUGUGGGAAUAGGAAAUGACUAAUGAUUGGUUCGGAAACUGCUUCUGUUGGGGCUGCAAACUUUCUGAAUUCUGGUAGCGGUGAUAGCUGCGAGGCUCUGUGAAUACACUUAAAAUAACUGAUAUGCACACUCAAGAUGCAUGAAUUCUAUACUUGGUAACUACACCUCAGUAAGGUGUUAAGAACACUUGGGGUUAUGCUUGGGAUUGCAUGUAGACUUUAAAAAAAUUACUGCAUGUAACUUAUAAAGAUUAGGCAAUUUAAAAUAUUGAAACUUUCAGUCAAAUCAUGCUUUAUUCUUUUAUGUACUUGGUUUUCUUUCAUUUCUUACUGAUAUAUUUUUAAUUUUUCUGUAUUGAAGUCUUAAAGAAAUAUCAAUAUUGGUAUUUGAUAGUCAUGAUUUUGUAA